GUGUCAAACUUUUUUUAUUUUUAUUUUUACUUGGUUUUUUUUAAAAAAAAAUAAUUCCUUACACAAUUCUCCACUUUCUAUAUAUAUUCACCCUCUUUGUUUCUCUUUGUUUUGCUAUUUGCCAAACAAAAAUCUUACCCAAAAUAAUGAUUGUACCAAUACUCAUAUUAGUAUUAUCAAUUAUCUUCAUUAGUAGUUUAAUAAGCCCUAAAAAAUUAUUGUUACAUGUCAAAAAACCCUUCUUAUCUUCCUCUACUUCUCCCUUGCAACCUAUUUCUUCUCCUAAAGAGAAUACAAAGGACAUGAUGAUGAACAAGGAUGAUGAUGAUGAUCUAAAGCAAGUUUUCGAUACGUUUGACAAGAAUGGAGACGGGUUUAUAACUAAAGAGGAGCUCAAAGAAUCACUUAACAACAUGGGAAUGAUUGUGCCAACAAAAGAUGUAGAAGAAUUGGUUGAAAAGUUGGAUUCUAACAAAGAUGGGUUUGUUGAUCUUGGUGAGUUUAGAGAGUUGUAUUAUGAGUUGGUUAAGGGAAAGAAGGAGAAGAAAAAUGAAGAAGAAAAAAAGGUUAAUGAUUUUGAUUAUGAUGAUGAAGAAGAUUUGAAGGAAGCUUUUAAUGUGUUUGAUGGAAAUAAUGAUGGAUUAAUUACAAAGGAAGAAUUAGGGUUAGUUUUAUCUUCAUUAGGGUUAAAAGAAGGGAGUUAUAUGGAAGAAGAUUGUAAAGAGAUGAUUAAGAAGGUAGAUGUUGAUGGAGAUGGUAUGGUUAAUUUUGAUGAGUUCAAGAUUAUGAUGAAAUCUCGUUGUAACACUAAAACUUCGAAGGUUGUGCAUGGUAUAUAGUUGGCUAAUGCUAGGUUUUAGAUUUUAGCUUUUUAUUGUUAAGUACAUGUAAAAUUGACCUUAUGAAUGUUUGUGGAUAAGGCUUUGUAAAGUUCGAGCUGGUAGACUUGGUCAAUGAAGUUGUUAGGUCAAUAUAUCUCCAAAACCUUUUGUGUAUUCCAAAUGUAAAGUAAUUUAACUGUACUCCUAUUUCAAGAUAACUUUAAAUAUUUCAGGGGUGA